AUGGCAGCUGCAGCUCGUGGUUAUCAAAAGGAGAAAGAAGCUGAGAAGCGAGAAGCAUUAAAGAAGGAAGGGCACGGGGAGUGUAAGGACAGAACAGAAGGGGUUUUUUUGGGUGAUGUCGCUGGUAGUGAUAAAGUGAUUUGUCACUUCUACAAGCAGAAGUUCUACCGUUGCAAGUAA